CUGCAACCGCCAGCCAGCCAGUUAGCCAGCACAGCAAUCAAAUCCCCAAAGCAACUUCACCCACCCACACCGCAGGGAUGUAUGUGACCAUCGCUUACCCGUUUGCGGACGAAGACGUUGAUCUUCAGAUCGACAAUGAGGCGUCCUUCAAGACGCUGGGAGAGAAGAUCGUGGCGGCCGCUCCCCGUGCCCUUCCACGAGAGAAGCUCCUCUCCGAGUUCACCGUCGUUGUGAACAGAAACGGCCGCGACCGCGUGCUGAAUCUGACGUUGGAGCAGCCCGUGUCCAUCCUUCUGGAGAGCAACGAUGCGUUGCAGAUGAUACCAGGCAUCCCGCCAUACUUGGUGGACACAGAGGGGCGGCCGCUUCAGGUGCUGACCUUCUCGCUGGAUGAUGAUCAGCACACCGUCACGCACAUCAACGAGGCCAACUUGCGUCAAAUCCUGUACCGGCACGACGUCAAGGACCUACCCGUUGUUGUCCUCAGCGUCGCUGGGCCCUUCCGAACUGGCAAGAGUUUUCUCCUCAACUUCAUCCUUCGCUACCUCGAGAACGACGGGGCGGACUGGGGCUCGGAAGCGUCCAUGCAGGCUGCAGAAGGCUUCCACUGGCGCCACGGCAUUGAGCGCGACACCGUUGGCAUGUGGAUGUGGAGCAAACCUUUUGUCCGCACCAUGCCGGGCGGUGACCGCGUCGCCGUCAUCGUCGCAGACACACAGGGCACCUUUGACAAGCACACGGUGAUGGCAGAGAACACGCGCAUCUUUGCCCUCAAUGCCCUCAUCUCCUCCCAGCAGGUCUACAACAUCAAGGAAAAGAUUUCAGAGGACGUCUUGCAGCAAAUGCAUCUGUUUACAGAGUACGGUGCCAUGGUUGCCCGCACCCUCGAAGGCCAGAAGCCCUUCCAGAACCUCGAGUUCCUCAUCCGGGAUUGGGAGUUUGAGUCGCACGCGCCCGGCGCUGCCGGCGGCCAGGAGUACCUCGACAGCAUCCUCGCCAUCUCAGACGACUUGCCAACAGAGCUGCGUGAGGUGCGACUGUGGCUGCAGGACUGCUACGAGGCCAUCACGUGCUUCCUGCUGCCCCACCCGGGCAAGAAGGUCACGAAGAAGGAGUUUACGGGCAAUCUCACCGUCCUUGAGGAGGACUUCCGUGAGCACUUUGUCGAAUUCGUCUCAAACAUCCUCUCGCCGGAGCGCAUUGCUGUGAAGAAGAUUGGAAACCAGAACCUGACGUGCUCGUCGCUGCUCGACCUCUUCCGCACAUAUGUCGACGCCUUCAACACCGCCGAGCUCCCGCAGGUGAGCACGCUGUUCCAGGCGACGGCGCGCGUGAACCACGAUGCGGUGCGCCAGUCCGUGCUCGGCUCCUACCGCGACGCCAUGCGCCGGAUUGCCGGUCCGGGCUUCCCGCACGUUGCUGAGUCACACCUUCGCAACCAGCACGAGGCCGCACAUGCCAACGCAAUCUCAAUCUUCGAAUCCGCCAAGCUCCUCGGCAGCGCCGCGCAGAAGGAUCACCUGAGGGCAGACAUUGAACGCGAGCUGGAGACGCUGUGGACGCAAAUGCAGGCGUACAACCGCAGCAAGGACAUUCUUCGCGGCAUGCGCACGCCGCUCAUCUUUGCAGCGGCCGCCUUCCUGCUCAACAUUGUUGCCGCGGUGCUGGAUGUUGUUGAGCUGGACCCCAUUGCGUACAUCCUCAACUUCAUUGCGUGGGUUGGCGUGUUUGCGCUUGUUGGUUGGGGCACCCUCAACUACACGGGCCAGCAGCCAGAGCUGCGUGGGGCGCUGGACUCGUUUGCAGACACCCUGUUCCAGACAGGCCGCGUUGCCGUCGCGUCUCUCGCGCAGCCCGCCGAACAGCAGCCGGCGGCCUCUGCACCCGCGCAACGCCGUGCCCGUGCACCUGCAUCGUAACUCAACAGUAGCCGUGCUGAGCUUCCUUGUUUGCUUUGCGCUUCGCUUAUUGUCCUUGGUUCCUACGACAUAUGCCCUGUCGCUUGCCUGUCUUUGUGUGUGCGUGCGUGUGUGCUUGUGAUUGUGUCUGUGAUUGUCUUUGCUUGAUUGACCGGCUGCUUGCUCCUGUGCUUGGUUUGGCUGCUUCGUACACAUAGAGAACGAGCCUGAGG